AUGUCCACCAUCCUGCGUCUCGCCUCGUUCCUCCUCUUGGCCUUGACGGCCCUUGGCAGCGUCAAGUGCGACACGACCGUAGCCCUGAUCCCGACGCUGGGAUGGGUGCGUUUCAAGGUCUCGUCGAGCAGCGCACAGCUGUGCAUCCAAGGCUGGCCCUGGAUGCUGGGAAGGGUGGGUAGCGUCGAGGUGCACAACAUCCAGUGCACCGACUCGACGCAGCCGGGCACCUUUACCUGCGUCCCGCAGCCGCAACAGAGCUGCACCUCGAUCGAGGGGUGCGUGCUGCCCGCCAAAGCGGCGCCAGAGGCGUGCUACACCUUGACCGUCCGCGAUCCCGCCGUCUUCAAGGGCGUCAAGAGCAUGUUUGCAACGCGGUCGCGCGACUUCGGCGCUUUGGUGCCGGGCGUCUCCGGGCAGCCAAACACGCUCCACCCCUUUGGCGUCUUCGCUCCCGACAUGUGA